AUGUCCAGCCAUGGAGCUGUUUACUGCACGAUCCUUCUGAGCGACAACUACCUUCCUGGUGCUAUGGUCCUGGCCCAUUCCCUGCGGGAUAACGGGACGAAGGGAAGACUGGCUGUGCUAGUAACGCCAGAUACCUUACAACCUGGGAUAAUUAAUGAGUUGAAGACCGUGUAUGAUGAUGUGAUACCAAUUCCUCGGAUAGAAAAUGCAUACCCAGGGAACCUUUAUCUCAUGGACCGUCCUGACCUAAUCUCUACGUUUUCAAAAAUAGCUCUAUGGAAACAGACACAGUACGACCAGAUCGUCUAUAUAGACGCGGACGUGAUUGCUCUUCGGGCUCCUGACGAGCUUCUUACGCUUGAUGUCAAAACAAUAGCAGCUGUGCCAGAUAUUGGAUGGCCUGACUGUUUCAACACUGGUGUCAUGGUACUACGACCAAAUCUCCAAGAUUACUACUCUCUACUUGCCUUCGCUCAACGCGGCAUAAGUUUUGAUGGUGCCGAUCAAGGCCUCCUGAACAUGCAUUUCAAAAAUUGGGAUAGACUCAGCUUCACGUACAACUGUACACCUAGCGGGCACUAUCAAUACGUACCCGCAUAUAAGUAUUUUGAAAGCACCAUCUCACUAGUCCAUUUUAUCGGCUCUCUAAAGCCAUGGGGGAUCGGGAGAGGCACAUCGCCGCACGACUCUCCAUAUAGCCAGUUAUUGGCAAAGUGGUGGGCAGUGUAUGACCGUCAUUACCGGAGAGGCCCUAUUUAUAUCACUCAGUCUCGUUACCACCAAACUCACACUAUCUCACAAGAAACGGCACAAGCUUCGGUACCUGAAAAGAAGGUUUGGGAAACAGCAGGACAUCCACACAGGGAGAACUUGUAUGUAGAACAUACAUUCUCGCCGGCCCCUGAAACGGAAACUCCUGCACAGAGCGAAGAGAGGCAUGCAGAAACCGCCACGCAUACACAAGUCAUGACAAUAAGUCAACAUGAGCCAGUUAGAGGGCCCCAUGAAACAGUGACUCCUGGCAAGCAAGUUCAAGAGGCUUAUACCAUUCCUCAAGACGAACACUUUACUAGACAUGAUGUCGGUAGCGUUUCGCCCAAGGCGCCUGAUGCCGCUAGUCUAGAAGAAGGGGUCCAACCAAGCUAUGAUGCGCCACCCAAGCCGAUGAUUAGCGCUGUCCCUCACUACGUUCGCGGAGAAGAACAUAUCACAGUUCCCAUUUACCACGGAGAGCCACCCAAUAUACCAACCCAUGUACCCCAUAUAGUUGUCAACGCACAACAGCCUUACCAAACCAUUUGGCCGAAAGGUCAAGAAACAGCCGAGUCGCACGAAUCUGAAAUACUAACGAGAGACGUAGGAGAGGGCCAAUCUGUUGGUGAUAAAACCGUAACGAAAGAUGAACAUGUUCCCUCAAGUACUGCGGAAAUGCAACCGCCUGAAAGCACUUUCUCUCCACCCUUAGCAGUAUGGGAUGCAUCACGUGCACCACCGCCGGUUGACUCAAAGCCAGAGGCAGCCUCAUUCCCUGUACAGGUCUACACAAUGUCAAAGGAUACAGAACUUUUCCAGCCUCCCAAAUCAUACCCCGAUGCUCCAAAAAAUAUGUACUAUCAAGUUCCAACAACAGCCCCUGCAGCUCGAAGGCAAACAUCUGCCUUCCCUUGGGAGCAAAAGGCCCCCGCCCCGACACGGGUCUUUAUAGGGGAGGAUUCCGAACUUGGUCAAAUGCCUGAGCUUGCGAUUCCCUCAGCCCGGCAAGGUGUUCCCUCAACGAACGGGAGCCCCGCCAGCGGAUUUGAAUCGUACUCCAGGAACAACGCCUGGGAUGAUGUGCCCGAAAUCGAAAAGUACAUGCGCUCACUUCAAAAACCACGUCGGGCGGGCGUAUCGGUUAUCACAGGAUCUACGCAUGCCAGAAAGUCAUCCACUGGAUUAAAAUCUCCAGCCAGGAAAUCGAGUCUGCGCCAAACGCAUUAUCCGCCGGAACAUGACGUACCCAGCCCGGCCGUCACACCAGCUCUAGUCAUGAGAAGACCGAGUACCUCUUCAACAGCCGAUGAUAACUGGGAAAAUGAAGAACUCCCGGCUGCUGAAGGUGUCCCUAGCCAGGCGGAAUGGAACCCGAUACAACGACUAAAGGAACUUCAGCGGCGUCAGUCGCGAUUCCUGGAAAGACAUCUUGACGUUAAGCCACAGGAAACUGCUAGCAAUGGUGUUGUCAGAUACCAGCUGAAUGCAAAAUGA